GUGAGAAGAAGAAUGACUGGGCUGCCUCUCCUUCUGCUGCUGCUGCUCUUCUGGCUCCUGCCUCCAACUUCUGCUAAGAGGAAGCAAAGUGUAUGUGUGUUGACAAACCCUUUCCAGACUCCGGAACAAUGGGACUAUUACAGGUCUGGUGACUUCAUCAUUGGUGGGAAUUUGAACCUGCAGACCUUUGAUCCCUUCAAUUUUCAAGACUAUGAAAACACCUUAUUCUCACGUCUUUUUGGAAAGGACAUCAUCAGCAAGAACUACCAGCAGUUCCUGGCUUUGAUGUUUGCAGUCAGAGAGGUCAACAAGGAUCCGGUUCUCCUGCUCAACAUCACCCUUGGCUUCCACAUCUACGACAAUCACAAGUUGGAGAGGAGGAUUUUCUUAUUCAGCCUCUCCCUGCUCUCCACACGAGGACAAAUGGUCCCAGGUUACAAAUGUGACCAGCGGGAGCCUCUGCUCUCUGUCAUUGGAGGUCUCAACUCCAAACUCUCAAGACUGAUGGCCUCCAUCUUCAGCAUCUUCAAGGUCUCGCAACUCGGUGUUGGCUUUGAGGUCUCUCAAAGAGACAGAAGAGUUUAUCCUUCCUUCUUCCGGAUAAAUCCCAAGGAAUUUCCUCAGUAUGAGGGUUUAGUCCAGCUGUUCCUGUAUUUCCAGUGGAACUGGGUUGGGCUGGUGGCCCCUGAAGAUGACAUUGGAGAACAUUUCAUCUCAAUUUUGAUGCCGAUCCUGAAGGAGAAGGAGAUCUGCCUGGCCUUCAGCAACCUGUUCAUUUCUGAUAACAUUGCAAAGUUGGAUUUAAACUCCCUUCUCAAAAUCUUAUUGAAAGCUGAAGUGGUUAUUCUCUUUGGAGACUUUAGAAAUGUUUCAUUUUUCCUGAGCCAUUUGUAUGAUGAUUUACUCUCUAGAAAGUCCCCGUUUUGGAAAGUUUGGCUAAUAACUUCCCAUUGGACAUUUGGUGCGAUAAGAUAUCCAUACAGUUUGAGAGUUUUAAAGCUCUUGCAUGGAGCUUUGCAUUUUAGAGACCACGCCGGGGACGUCCCCGAAUUCAGCCGUUUCCUCCUGUCUUUAGACCCUUUGAAGCCCCAAGGGGACGUCUUUCUCCCACUAUGGUGGCAAAGGGUCUUUAACUGCAGGUUCCAUAAACCAACUAGGUCCUACAAACAAUGCACAGGAAAGGAGAAUUUACAGAAUCUGCCAUCUUACGUGUUUGAAACAAGCAUGACGGGUGAAAGUUACAACAUCUACAAUGCUGUUUAUGCUGUGGCACAUGCGUUACAUGCAAUGCAUGGAUCAGGAAUGCGACCAGCCAUGAUGAGGCUUGGAAAGAGGAUCUCCAAUGUCCCGUCAUGGCAGAAGGUGCCCUUUGCCAGGUGUGGCAUGAAGAGGUGCCAAGCAGGAGAGAGGAGAAACGUUCCAGAGGGCGAGCAGGUCUGCUGCUACCAGUGUGAUCCUUGUCCAGAAAGGACCAUCUCUAACCAGGCAGAUGCAGCUCACUGUGAUCCCUGCUCAGAAGACCAAUAUCCCAACAAGGACAAGGACCACUGCAUUGCCAAGAAGAUCCAUUUCCUUUCCUAUCAAGACCCCCUGGGAUACACUUUAGCUUUGCUCUCACUUUUUCUUUCUAUGAUCACCUUGGGAGUUCUAGCAAUUUUCCUUAAACAUCGUGACACACCAAUUGUCAAGGCCAACAACCGAGAUCUCACCUACAUCCUCCUGGUCUCCCUCCUGCUCUGCUUCCUCUGCUCCUUCCUCUUCAUUGGUCGACCAGGGAAGCUCAUUUGUCUCUUCCGACAAUCUGCCUUUGCCAUUCUCUUUUCCCUUGCAAUUUCCUCUGUCUUGGCAAAAACUGUCAUGGUGGUUCUGGCCUUCAUGGCCACCAAACCAGGUAACAAGUCAAGGAAACUUUUAGGAAAACCACUGACAAACUCCAUUGUCUUAGCCUGUCCCCUGGUCCAAGCAGUUCUUUGUGCCACCUGGCUGGUAAUCUCUCCCCCAUUUCCCAACUGGGACUUCCACUCCUUGGUAGGAGAGGCCAUCUUGGAAUGUAAUGAAGGCUCAGCUUUAAUGUUUUAUGCUGUCCUCGCCUAUCUGGGUUUCCUGGCCUUUGUCAGUUUCACAGUGGCCUUUCUGGCUAGGAAAUUGCCCGACAGCUUUAACGAAGCCAAAUUCAUUACUUUUAGCAUGCUGGUAUUUUGCAGUGUUUGGAUCUCCUUCCUCCCCACCUACCUGAGCACCAAAGGGAAGUCCAUGGUGGCCGUGGAGAUCUUCUCCAUCUUGGCUUCUGGGGCUGGUCUCUUGGCUUGCAUCUUUUUCCCCAAAUGCUACAUUAUCCUAUUGAGGCCCAGUCUGAAUUGUAGAGAAAAUAUGAUAAGAAACAAGAAUCUCUAAGUAAUGCUGGGAAAGGCACCAUUUAUAUUUAACUUUGAGGCAUAUUUAGAAAGGGACAGACCCUAAGAAGCAAGGAACCACCAAGGCCAUUUCUCUAGGUGUCUGACAAAGAAAUGAACUAUUCUCAGAAUAAAAGGAUGAUUCCUUAUUGGGCAAUGUAGACAUCCAGGGAUGGGGAGAAGGAGAAGCUAUUGUUUAACCAUGCAAGCCCUGCACGGGAAAAACCAGAGCUGGUUUUGAUUCUUCAGUACCGAAAUGGUGUAGCCAAUAAAGUUUUGCUUUUGGAAGUACAAAGUUCCCGAGUGUGCUUACUUUU